GAGAUGAGUCUGGUAAGUAUUCAUUGAAAUUGGUUACAUUCGAUGGAGAUGUUACAUUAUACGAGGAUGGAAUGUCAAUUUUGGAUGAUUCAGAUGUGAUUGGGCCAAUACUUGGGUUGUUGAAGAGGAAUUUGAUGGUGGGAGUUGUUACAGCCGCAGGAUACUCAGAAAGUGAAGGAAAUAGAUACUAUGAGCGACUAAAGGGGCUAAUUGAUUCGAUUGACGAAUGUUUGGAUCUUUCAUUGGAGCAAAAGAGGAAUUUUUUUGUUGUUGGAGGGGAAUGCAAUUAUCUAUUUCGAUUCAAUGAACUGUUGGCAAACAAAUUGGAGUGGAUUGAUAAGGAAAAAUGGGAGACUGAAGAGGCAAAAAGCUGGACUACAAGCGAUAUCGCAGAGUUUUUGAACAUCGCAGAGAAGACAUUGAUUAACGUGAGUUCCAAAUUGGAGAUUGGAGACAAAAGCAAGAUUAUAUGCAAGAAGAAAGCAGUGGGAAUCAUCCAGAAAUAUUCCAGAGCAUUGUCCAGAGAACAGUUGGAGGAAAUCGUUUUAACUUGCCAAAAAAAAUUGGAAAACUGCGAAAGUGCAAAGAGAAUAAAAUUUUGCGCAUUCAAUGGUGGGAAUGAUGUGUGGAUUGAUAUUGGAGACAAAAGCGUUGGGGUGAAGUCUUUACAAAGUUACCUUGGUGGAAUUGAAACAUUUGAAACAUUGCAUGUUGGAGACCAGUUUGCUUCUAUCAACGCAAACGAUUUCAAGGCCAGAUUGGUGGCCUGCACAGCGUGGGUAGCAAAUCCCCAUGAAACCAUUGAGAUUGUGAGAGACAUCAAUCAGUAUGUGUCGGUUGUAUGAAAGUAGACGAUAGCACAGCGAUUAACACGAUUGACUGGUUUUUUGCCAGAGAUACGUAAUAUACGAUUGACGCAUUUCAUAGAAUAUGCAAUAUAUGAAUCAUUGCAGUCAGUAGUAGGGAAUGAUGAGAAUAAGAUUGGCAGGACAGGAGAAGAUCGUGCUCUGGUAGCAGCAUUUAGCACCUAAGUUAGAGGAAAGAUUAAAAGAGCUGCAAAAGAGAAAAUGGGGAUUUGAAAGUUGAAAUCGAAGCAUAGAAAUCAAAUUCCCAGCCAAUCAGAGGCCAGGAAAGAAGUACGUUGAAGAGGAAAUUUCCCUUCCCAGCAGCCAGAAACAGAAGAGGAUUGGGCUCGAUACCAAGUACUGAGUUGAUAGAAAAACGUCAACUAACUUAAAAUGCUAAAGCCCCAGGCAAAUAAGCGAUCUGGAGAGUGGAAUGGGCUGUAGGUUGGAUUAG